AUGGUGCGCGCGCUCAAUCAAGACAACGUGAACCAGACUGGAUGCGAUCUGGGUAUGUUCCUGCCGAAGAAGAAAUGCUCCCUCAAUGACGGAGCACUGGCUUUGGAGCCGGCAAGCACUAAGGAACGUCCCGUCCUGAAGGGAAUCGGAGACCGUGAACAAGCCGGUCAGAAGGCGUGGCUCCUCCUGUCGCUGAAGUUCCAAGGCGGCUCCAACCUCUUCGACAAGCAAGUCGUGGCGGAGAAGCUGGCCGCCAGGUAUGCGCACGAUCCCGACUGGAUGAGUGAGCUGGCCGAGCAGAUCAGCUUUGAUCGUCAAACCGACAUAUCCUCGGACGCAGAGAGCUGCUUGCGUUGGAACGCAGAAUUGGCUGCUGGGGACGCGUACUACCCCACCGUCCUGAAGCUGCUGCGCCUCCAUCAGACCUAUCAGUUCGCCGUGGAUCUUCGCGUCUCCGCAUGGCAGAGCCGAGAACUGCAGCUAGACGGGGCAGAUUCCUGGGCCCGUCGGGAGCAAGAUGUUUGGGUGCAGGCAUGGAAUGUCUGUCUGGAGCUUGCGUCUGCCAGGCACACCCGGUGCUGGAGCCAACUGGUUCACCUGGCAGCCAUGCCGAACAGCAUGGCUGGUGUUUUCCAUCCCCGGAAAGAGGUUCGGGAUACGAUGAUGGGGGGCAUGAAAGUCUUCUUUCAGCGCAUCAAGCAGGCCGUGUCUCGCGCAGCCCGUAAUGACGACGCCACCGCUGCAGCACUGAAAGAUCUGUUGCAAGACAUUGGCUACCACCAAUCACAGCUGGUCCUAGAGUGCUGGAAAGUUAUGGAUGAUGCCAAAUGGGACUGGAAAGACCAGAAUGUGCGGGAGCAGGCUUUCGGGCUUCAUGCUGGCCAGAGCACAACGAAGAUGGCUUGCGAGGACAGCUUCGCAUGGUCAGGCCUUGCUUGCUCCAGUGUCGUCGUGGGCCUACUGGGAUCCUUCCAUCUGAUUGCAAGGUGGACGAAGUGGUUCUAUGCAAGCGCAAACCCGACAUUGUCCAAAACCUUCAACAUGGUCUCAACAGACCUGGAGGACAUUCGAGCUGUGCAGCUGGUGGCCAAGUCUGAUCUGCACGGGUCUUCCUUCCGGUCUACGUCGAGUUACGUUCCUCCGGAGCUGGAGUUACGUAGUCUACUGCAGGGGAAGCAACAGUGGACGCGUGCUGGCACAGCCGCCGAGAUGCGGCAGAUCGCCGCCUAUCACGUCCUCAUGAUGCACCCACAAGACAAGUUCGACGACAUACCCCAGCUGUGGGCAGGCUGCCUCUUCCAGAAAGGCGCCGUGGCUGUGAGAGGCUCCAACGCGUACAUCAUCCUCGGAUUCAGGAAAUGGGCUACUCUAGGUGUGAGAUUGAACGAGCACCAAGUGGCAGGGAAGGUGUACUGGGAGGUUCCUGCACUGGAUGAAUCCGCCAAACUGAAAGUGCCAAGUGUCCUCGUCAACAAGGAUGCCAGCGUAGCUACAUGCCAAUGGAAGAUGUGCGCUAUCACACCUGUGAUCCCAGCCCUCAUGCCUGCGGAACUCAAGCACAAGACCAGCCUACUGACAGCAACAGGUGAGCUGGAGUCACUUCCAAAAGCAUCUGUGCGGAUUGGCAACUGGUUGAGCUUGGAGAACAUCAAAAGGCUGUGCAAGGCGAAUGGCAUAGCCCAGCCUGCAAGAGGAACCGGGAAACCAAACGCCAAAGGGGUACGAAGUGUCCUGAAGCGAGAUUGGGCACGGGUUCUGGUUUCCGGCUUCUUUCCUGACCUCGACGAGGAGUCUGUGAACGAAAUUCUCCGCAAGUUUAUGGGCACCUGGGAUCCAACCAAACUUGCCUGCCCCAGUGAGGUGGUGGAGUGCGUAGAGGGGUUAGAUGCCGAAGAGCGAGAUCAGAGCUACAUCAAGAGAGUCAAAGAGCUGGCUCAGAAGGCCAAGGAAGCUGCAGCUGAAGUACAGGGCCGUGGAUUCAUGGCUUGCAUGUAUGUCGUGGUUCUUGCGUGUUUUCAGAUUUAA